UCGGCUCUGCUGGUUUCUAUAGCGUGGAUGUUGUUGUUCGGCUGCGUGAUAUUGUAACAGCCUUCAUCAUCAUUGUUGUUGUUGUUGUUGUUGUUGGUGUUGUUGUUGUGCAUAAAAGCACACUGCGCGAAUUGGAUAAGUAAUGUUUGUGAACUCACUCGGAUAAGCUCAAAUCGUCCUAUUGGAAUAAGGUGCUGUGAAUAUACGCUUGCUAAAUGUUCAUAACUACCGGUAUAAUUCGGAUAAAACUUCAACACCAAGAGGAGCAGCGGGCACAAUUUUCUAUCUGUGGAUACAGUACUACGUUCGCCAUCUCAACGAUUUUAUUUCUCGCUCGAUGGUGUCGGUGCGCUCGUAUAGGAAGCUUGCCUUUGAUUUAAGUGAGACAUUUCCAACAAUCUGAUGUCAGGGCUACGAAGGGAAGGCGCUGCCUGAGUGUUUUCGUUAUUAGAUGGUAGAUUCACAUCAGAGGUAUACAAUGUGAUGUUCAACGGCGUGCCAGGCUGAACAGUAGAAAUUAAAGGCCUUUGAGGAGGCAAAAAACUGAGAGGCGACGAGACGAGUAUCGAGCUUCGGAGACGAUGCUUGCGCUCGGCGAGAGACUUAAACGGGUUAGCGUCCUCGGCCCCCUCGGAACGGCGGGCGCAUCGAAAGCGGCAUCUGACAAAGAUAAACUGACCGCUGCCUCCGGAGGAUAUCAACAAGAAAUUUAUUCAUAUCCAGCUGGCGACUUACGACGUGUCUCAACCUUACGUACACGUACGUUUGGUGCCCCUGUAAGCUGUUCCCGUGACUAUCGAUGCAACGAGGACUUUGGCCUGGCCGAAACAGGACCAGGGGCAACAGAGAUCGUCGAGCUGCUUCGACGGCGCCUAGCAGUGUUAUCAGGUGGUGAGGACAAACGUGGAGGCCCUGUCGUAACCGUGUUUGCACCUAAAGAUGACUUCAAUACUAAUGACUUGAAGCAAACGCUACACUUUCUGAAAGACCUUAUCGGGUACGAGGAACGUAGCAGUGGUAUUUCAGUUUUACUCGAAGGUUCGCCAAUUCUGACGCGUUGUCUUGACGAAGUAAUCGGUGCUGUACAGAAUGUAUUUGGUGAUUGCUUACAUGCCAUUUACGUAUAUGCCAUACACGGUCUGUGGCAUCACAAAAGUCGAUCUUCGCCGGACAUCCGAAAGGCACUGCAGGAUAACUCCGGCGCUUUGCUUAGUUAUAUGACACAGCAAAAACUGUUCAAAGUUAUUUCGCCAUUUCAGCUUACAAAUGAGUUCGGGGGAACUCUCGAGUACAACCACUUAGCCUGGCUAGAGAGACAAUUGGCCAUCGAGAAGUUUUUACGGGACGCACGAAUCAUACGCAAGCAUGCAGACGCUACAAUCCAGACAUGUGAAGCUCGGUUAGACGCUGAAGGCCCGACGCCUACCUCUGUAGAAGAAAUUCGGAGAAAUUGCGUAUCCAUGGUCAACGUCAUACAUACGACUUAUGUGAACGGCCAAAGAUUAUUGCUAAGUUUACAGAGCGAAACCGAAGGCUCGCUGUCUCAAUGCGGCAAAGGAGCGUUGAAACAAAAUGCAAGUCAGUUGCGCUGUAUCAAGACGGUGCUUGACUCUGUGACAUCUAUCAAAACCGCGUUCGAGUUGCGUUGGACGACCCUACAUGGAGCGCUGUGCCAGAUCUCCAAUAUGCAACGCUUCAUACAGGAAAGCGCUGAAGUUGUAGCCUGGGUUGACUCUGAGGGUGAGCGUCUUUUGACAGAGGGAAAUACUCUGGUAGGAAUGACUCUUGAAGAAGCCCUAGUUCGUCGUAAACACAUGCACCAGGUGGCGUUGCUAGCCAUGGAUUGCUACGCAAGAUAUUCACAGUUGAAAAGUCUUGCUCAUCAUCUUCUUCGAGAGGCGAAUCCAGAUACGACAACGGUUGAGUCAACUAUGCAAAAGCUAGAUGCUACCUGCCAGGUGUUCGCAACGAAAGUAGAUGCUCGACGUAGGAUAUCCGAAUUGGCAGUCGUAUUUCAUCAGGCCUUCGAACAGACUAAUAAACUAGCGAAGGAUAUCGAGCGAAGAGUAUGCGCUGGUAAUUCAAGUAGCGCAUCGGGAAGUGAUCCUGUUGGUUCGGCUGGAGAGUCGGCCUGCGACUCGUCAAAUUCGGAUGGAUGCAGUGUCGUCGACGAGGAUGAUCCACCAGCUGGGAACGAACUGCAUCUUCAGCUUCAAGGUCUGGCCAAUCCAGGCGGUCAUAUAACUCAAGAAGCGCACAAAACUAUACUGGAGCUAGAUGACACAUCCGCUGUGCUGAACUCCAGCCUAGAUGAUUUUAAACGAGUGUCGAUCGCUUUCAAAAAGAGCUUGCAAAACCGAGACUUCGAGCUGGCCCAACCGAUGGUUCAGAGAAUGUGCGCUGCCAUUACAAAAGAGGUUGAUAGUGCGAAAGCACUCAUCGAAAUUAAAAGAAACCACCUUGUGCAAACUGUCCAGCUACUGAGCUGUGAACAGGACGCCAAACAGUCGGUGAGCUGGCUUGACGAUCUUUGCCUCGCAGCACAAAACGCUCUCGAAUCGGACAGCGGAAUCGAGGAACAAACGACGAGGCUGAAGCACGACAAAAUGGAUACCACUGCCAAGGAGGCAUACGAAUAUGGGCGUCGUUUACUGGACACUGCAGUGAAACUGCGCAAAGAGUGUAAAUACAAAACGGGUCCCUCAAUUCGGAUUGCCGACCAGUUAUUCAACGCGUGGAUACGUUAUCUCAAUGUGACUAAGGGUGGACGUUCUUCAGGUAGUCAGAGUUCUUCGACGGCAGGAAGCUCACCUUCAUCGUCGCCCAUAACCUCGAAGGUGCCCUUGCGAAACACCUUGUCAAGCAACAGUAACGGUACUCGAAGCAACAAUAACAACAAACAACCCAUGGCUACAUCAGCUAUCCGACAACAACGACGCAGCGCCUUCUUUCCGCCGCCGCCGCCGCCGCCGCCGCCACAGCCGCCGCUGCAGGCUAUCACCACCAACAACAAUAAUAAUACGCCCCAACGCAGACUGCAAUCAUUCCACAGCUGCAGUUCACUCGUAUAGUAGUUAUGACCAAUUAGACUGAGUAGUGAUGUAUGACGCCGACGAGGAAAAUCGAAGAGGACACAACACGUACUAGGAAUAACAAUAAGCAGCCUCCAGGAGCUAGCGGAAGUCCGACAGCGUCUGAGUGAGUCAUGGCAAUAUAUAUGCAUAUACGCGUAUAUGUCGAGGCAAUUGCUGCGAGCAAGCAUACGCCCGCGUCGAGCAAAGCGAAAUAGUUUACAGAAAGGAAGAAAGUUCUUCUAAAUGAAACCUGCGGUGGAGAUACAUACGAACCUUUAAUAUAGUCAACCGUUAGUACUAUGUCAACUUAAUGCCGCUCAAUAAUCAAAGGGACGUUGUGUGAUACAUUUGUUCACACAGGAUAUGAUACAGUACAACAAAAGGGUUUCGAACUUCCGACGACCGUAUUCGACGACGUGUAACAAUGGAAACAUAGUCAAUUCUCUGAGCGGCAAAUAUGCCCUAGCUUCUAUAUGUAUAUAUUAGUUGUAGCGUACUGGAAAGCCAACAACACUUGUUAGGUGCUGUUACCUUUGGCGGAAGCAUAUUCGAGAUACGCAUUUUUGUUUCGCUUUAGGCUGAUACUCGAAUUAGUCUAUAUGAUUCAGUUGACCUUUACAGUCAUCAACGAAUUAUUUUGAUGUUUUUUCCUUCCUCUCACCAUACUUACUACUUACCGCCAACUGCUCCUUCCGUUUCUGUCGAUGCAUCAAACAACCUGUUCCUGGCGAUAGGAGCGAACAAUAGUGCCUUAAAUGAACCUUGUGUAAAAUACCUUGAUGCUUAUGAAACCAGUCAAUGAAGAAGUUACGAUUAAGCGAGCAAACUUCUACUUGAUAUAUACAGAUAAAACUACGGAAAGUGUGCAUCUUGUGUAUCUAGUAGAACACGCCUGCCGUGCUAGUGCAAAAAGAAGCGUUUGAAGGCCAAGGCUAAAUGGCGUUAUGCUAGACAUAACGACCCUUUUGGCCUUUGCCUAACACAGUCGAAAUAGGAUAUAGCUAUCUGCAUUACAUCGGUACAAAAAGCCUUUAAGAAUUGCGUUUUGCUUAUACCACAUAAAUGAGGAACGUUUUGCAGGAGCAUCCACACACAAAUGAGAGUGAAUGAAGACAUGAAGGAGAUAAGUAGGCGCGUUCGCCAGAUUAGGUACGGUUGCAAGCUGCUGCUACUAGCAGACUUGACAAGGAUAAAGCUAGUUGUCUAUUAAUCGAUGACAAUAAUAGAGAAGACUUCGUGUUUUUCGAAGCUUACGGCCAUUAUAAUGAAGUCAAACAAAUUGCAACAAUUAUAUCCUGAUUGCGCGUUGAAUCUUCCUGCCUGCCUGCCUGCCUGCCUGCCCAUCUGAUGGCAAAACGAAAAACACAAAUAUACGUUAUAUCUUAGCAGUACGUACCACGCUAUAGAAUAAUACGUCGUACUGCUGAUGAUAUUUGAGUUUAGGAAGUAAAUACAUUAAAUACAAACGAUAUACCUUUGAACAGUA